AUGGAUGAUGAGUGGGCCCGUGCGCCACCGCCGUCUGGAGCUUCUGCUCUCCGCCCUGGCAUCGUCACGACAUUGCAAGGCAUCGAAAUGGCCUCGAACUUGCCCAAUCUGCGGCGUCUUUUCGUCGAGGGUCGCACUGAUGCGGAGGAGAGCGCAUACUCGAGGAAAGCUUUCUACAAUCUUGCUCUCUUUAUGUCUUCUAUAGCAGUCUUCAGCCUAGUAGCCCAACGCAUGACCUUUAGGAAAGUGGUUGGUUCUUAA